AGCGAACCAAAAUCCCCGAAGCCGCAGCGCCAACAGAAAAAGCCUUCCUGAUGUCAUUUCUCUUCAUCUUUCCUGUCACCAUCUCCUCCCACCUUUUAACCACCACACCAUGGCCUCAAGAGGUGUUCCCUGUGUUCUUCGACGGGCCCGUGUGCCAACACUACGCUGUCUGGUCCGACCGUUAUCGAUUCCCAAUGCGACUUUAGCCGUCGCCGCUGCUACGCGCACCUUUACCACGACCUCCGCUGUCGGAGCCGACGCGACGAAGAAGCAGGUUAAGUUCACCAGCGACGCAUACCCCAACAUCAAGCGAAACCCCAAUUUCGCCCAAGUCACGGCGGAGGAUGUAAAGUUCUUCAAGGACUUGCUGGGCGCGGAAUCCGCUGUCAUCGACGGCGUGACUGCCGACGCUGCGGACGACAUCGAGCCUUUCAACAGCGACUGGAUGAGGAAAUACCGCGGCCACACAACGCUCGUCCUCAAGCCACAGAACAAGGAGGAGGUGAGCAAGAUCCUGAAGUACUGCAAUGAGAGGAAAUUGGCCGUCGUGCCGCAGGGCGGUAAUACGGGUCUGGUGGGUGGAUCGGUACCGGUCUUCGACGAGAUUGUCCUCAAUACGUCGCGCAUGAACAAGAUUCGUUCUUUCGAUGAGAGGUCUGGAGUGCUCGUUGCAGAUGCUGGUGUCAUCCUUGAGGUGGCAGAUCAGUACCUGGCGGAGAGGGAGCAUCUCUUCCCGCUGGACUUGGGCGCUAAGGGCUCGUGUCAUAUAGGAGGCAACGUGGCUACCAAUGCGGGAGGACUACGACUGCUUCGCUAUGGCAGUCUUCAUGGGACUGUACUUGGUCUCGAGGCUGUUCUGCCGGAUGGAACCAUCGUGGAUGCGCUUUCUACGCUCCGGAAGAACAACACCGGCUAUGAUCUCAAGCAACUUUUUAUCGGCUCUGAAGGUACCCUUGGCAUCAUCACCGGGGUAUCGAUUUUGUGUCCCUCCCGCCCGAAGGCUGUAAAUGUGGCCUAUUUUGGCCUGGAGAGUUAUGAUCAGGCUCUUCAAGCCUUCUCAGCGGCCAGAGGCCGCCUUUCGGAAAUUCUCUCUGCUUUCGAACUGAUGGAUGGCCGUACCCAGCAACUGGUCCAUCAGGUAUCCGGGAAGAAGAAGCCGGUGGAGGGCGAUUACCCCUUCUACUGUCUGGUAGAAACCAGUGGUUCUGACGGAGAGCACGAUAUGGCGAAACUGGAAUCCUUCUUGGAGUACAUUAUGGGCGAGGGAAUCGUUGCCGACGGAGUGCUGGCCCAGGACGAGACACAAUUCCAAACCAUCUGGAGCUGGCGUGAGGGUAUUACGGAAUCACUGAGCCAUCUCGGCGGAACCUACAAAUACGAUGUGUCGAUCCCGCUUCCAGAAUUGUACCAGGUGGUGGAGGACUGUCGGGAGCGACUCACCAAGCUCGGCUUUGUGGGUGAUGAUGACUCGUUCCCCGUGCACUCCGUCGUCGGAUACGGCCACAUGGGCGACUCGAACAUGCAUCUCAAUGUCGCUGUGAGGCAAUACAACAAGGAUGUCGAAAAGGCCAUUGAGCCGUGGGUGUAUGAAUGGAUCCAGAAACGGAACGGAAGUAUCAGCGCUGAACACGGUCUGGGUGUGGCCAAGAAGGAGUUUAUCGGUUACAGCCAGAAUGAGACGAUGGUAAAGCUGAUGAAGCAGCUCAAGAAUCUAUAUGAUCCGAAUGGGAUUAUGAACCCCUACAAGUAUAUUUAAAUCUCAGCAUACCAACUAGAUAUUGUACAGCAUACAGAGCGUGCUUUUGGCCUUCUGUACCCGACUCAAGGAAUAUUUGCACAUUGCAUGGUCACCUGUCUAUCCGCACUCAGCGUUCAUUUUCUCAAGUCUUCGAAAAGCACUAAUGUCCCGAAAUACGUAGAUAGAAUUGUAACAGUUGCCUACACCCAGGUCCAUGACUCCAUGGCUCCAUGGUCAGAGUCUUCAUCAGCUCACGCGAGCUGUGUACACCCCAUGGCCUGUAACUAUUGACGGUGCUAAAAUUCAC